CCUAUUGGCAGACAGGGAUAUUGGGAUGCUGCGCUGCGUGUAACGUCAUCUGACCAGCAGCACGUUUAUCUAUCUCGCCGGCUCAACACUCGCUCUAGAAAUGUGGUGCAGGUUUUGAGAAACACAACGGCAAGAGACUGAAGACUGGACGCCGGUAAAGUCGAGACAGGACGCUCUCUGCCCGCAUCCGCAACGCACCAUGAGGGAAAUCGUUCACAUCCAGGCUGGACAGUGUGGAAAUCAGAUUGGGGCGAAGUUCUGGGAGGUGAUAAGUGAUGAGCAUGGCAUCGAUCCAACCGGUAGUUACCAAGGUGACAGUGACCUGCAGCUGGAGAGGAUAAAUGUCUACUACAAUGAGGCAUCAGGGAGCACAGGCAGCAAAUAUGUCCCUCGUGCCAUUCUGGUCGACCUGGAGCCAGGAACCAUGGAUUCAGUUCGCUCCGGCCCGUUUGGACAGCUAUUCAGGCCUGACAACUUUGUCUUUGGUCAAAGUGGAGCAGGAAAUAACUGGGCCAAGGGUCACUACACUGAGGGAGCUGAGCUGGUGGACUCGGUGCUGGAUGUGGUGAGGAAGGAGUCCGAAAACUGCGAUUGCCUCCAGGGCUUUCAGCUCACCCACUCACUGGGCGGAGGCACAGGUUCAGGAAUGGGUACACUGCUCAUCAGCAAGAUCCGCGAAGAGUACCCUGACCGCAUCAUGAACACCUUCAGUGUCAUGCCUUCCCCUAAGGUGUCUGACACUGUGGUGGAGCCCUACAACGCCACUCUCUCUGUCCACCAGCUAGUGGAGAACACAGAUGAGACCUUUAGCAUUGACAAUGAGGCCCUGUAUGAUAUUUGCUUCCGCACACUGAAGCUGACCACACCUACCUACGGAGACCUCAACCACCUGGUUUCAGCCACCAUGAGCGGGGUGACCACCUGUCUACGCUUCCCUGGCCAACUCAACGCUGACCUCCGUAAGCUGGCUGUCAACAUGGUGCCCUUUCCCCGCUUGCAUUUCUUCAUGCCGGGCUUUGCGCCCCUUACAAGCAGGGGCAGCCAGCAGUACCGCGCCCUCUCCGUGCCAGAGCUCACGCAGCAAAUGUUCGAUGCCAAGAACAUGAUGGCAGCCUGUGACCCUCGUCAUGGACGCUACCUCACUGUGGCAGCCAUCUUCCGCGGCCGUAUGUCAAUGAAGGAAGUGGAUGAGCAGAUGUUGAGUGUGCAGAACAAGAACAGCAGCUACUUUGUUGAAUGGAUUCCCAACAAUGUCAAGACCGCCGUUUGCGACAUCCCUCCCCGUGGCCUCAAGAUGUCCGCCACCUUCAUUGGCAACAGCACGGCCAUCCAGGAGCUGUUCAGGAGGAUCUCUGAGCAGUUCACAGCCAUGUUUCGCCGAAAGGCCUUCCUCCACUGGUACACCGGCGAGGGAAUGGAUGAGAUGGAGUUCACGGAGGCCGAGAGCAACAUGAAUGAUCUGGUGUCUGAGUAUCAGCAGUACCAGGAUGCUACCGCUGAUGAGAUGGGCGAAUAUGAAGAAGAUGAAAUAGAGGAUGAGGAAGAAGUCCGCCAUGAUGUUCGCCACUGAUUGUAAAACACUGACAUGACACUCUGAGAGAAACAAAAUGUUAAUUGUUGUUGGACAGCGCAGUGAGAUCAUAAGAAGUACGCUACAGAUGCAGUUGUUUAGCUAAAAUUAUUUUGCAUUUAGAUAUGGCUUAUACUGACAAUAAUCAUGAGUGGUGUUAGAACCUUAAAAACAUGCAAGAACCAUAGUAAUUGAUUUUCCAAGUCAUGCUUUGCCAGUUUAAAAAAUAAGUACAGUCUUGUUCUAAACACAGUUUUGUAACAUUUACCUCAAUAUGCGUCCACUUUCUCAAGUCUCCAAUAAAAGAUCCAGUCCUGUCAAUA